AUGGGAAGCGAUAUAAGCAUGGAAAAUUCUGGGAAAAUUGGGCAAGAUCCUGAUUUUCUAAACAAUUAUAAAAUGGCCUCCAAAAAGUAUCCAGAUGUGAAGAAUAUCCAGCACAAGCUUAAAGCUGGCAUAGAUCAAAUUAUCGAUGUGGUUGAAAAUGGCGGGGCACAGGACAUCUUGUCUUUGGAUUCUUUAAAGGUGGCCACCUCCUGGUUGGCUGAAAAAGAUGAGCACCUCAGAAAUCUCAUACUGGAAAACAAGAAAGACAAUAAACUGUUCGAGCUAGUUGACCUAUAUCUUAAACUUAAUGCAGUGACUUCAAAAUUCUACAAUGAGCUGAACAAUUGCCUAGUAAGGGUGAACGACAAGAAGAUUUUACUUGAGAUCGUGAUGGAGUGCAUAGGGCCUGCAAAUCCCCCUCCCGGCAACGCGCAGUACAGUAAGUGUAAGGAAAAGCUACAGGAAUACAAGGCGGUUGAAAAUCCCUUUAACGAGGAAUUUUUCAAUCUGUUAAAGGAUGAAGUCAAUCAGAGAGUUGCAGUGAAUGGUAUCCUGGAGAGACAGAAGAGCUUGAAGGAUCGGACCGCUAAACUCAAGGGUGUUGUGAAGAUAUCAGGCAGAAACGACAGAGCUUUCAAGAUUAGAUAG